AUGGCUCACGCGCAGAGUGGUCUAGAAGUCGUAGCGAGUACUCCAGAUUACUCGUUACCGCAGCCUCAUUAUCCUGCUCAGCUCUCGACCUCGACGGACCCUGAAAGUAAACCUCCAUAUCAUGGUCCUUCGUACGAUCAGAAUGGACAAUAUGCCCCUGCUGUAAAUACAGCCUAUAUCGCGCCGGAUGAAAAUUUGCCGGAGUCGUCGAAACAUCAACGAAUUUGCGGACUGACGCCUCUGUUUUACGGAAUCGUGGUGGCUUCUGUUGCGGCAAUUGUCGUUGGUAUCGCACUCGGUGUUGGCUUGGGAACCCAGCUUGCAAAGCAGAAUACUAGCGACAGCUCAAGCACAUCGGCACGAGUCACGGUCACCUCGUUCGCGACUGCGCUCGCAACUGUGACCGUGACUGCGACGCGUACCGGUACAGCUUCCCAGCCGAGUGCCACAGGCCUUGCCACGAACUUCGUUGCUGUCAAGCACGGCAGCAUUGCGUCUUUGAGCAACCCAUGUCCAGCUGCAAACGGCACAGUCUAUGUCACGCCGGACAAUCAAGUUUACCGUGCGAAUUGCGAGCAGUCUCUAGACGGCGCAGACAUCUCCAAUGUCUGGGCGUUCUCACACGAGGAUUGCAUCGACGCAUGUGCAAGCUUUAACUCCCGAGCCGUCACGAAUGCAUCAUGUGCACAGAUUCUGUGGACGCGGAAUAUGCAAGUACCACCGUCUAAUCAAUUCGGCAACUGCUGGCUCAAAACUUCUGCCGCAAGAUUGAAAUCCAGAAACGACGAUACCAUUAUGGCUGUCCUGAAUGGUCGCUGA